AUGGCCAAAUCAGACGCAGAACAAAUUGAGUACCAGGAGAGGGCAUCAGCAAAGGACUCUGAGCUGGAACAAGAUGCCCUCUAUCAAGCAUAUGCCUCGAAAGGUCCUGAAUGGCAUCAGAAAACGACUCGUACCCUUUUACGCAAGGUAGAUUUACAUCUUUUGCCAUUCUUGAUUCUCAUGUAUCUGCUCAAUUUCUUGGACCGCAAGUACGAAUCCCUGUCCGAGAAGCUCCUCGACGCGCGCUUGGGAUCUCUCGAGAAAGACCUGGGAAUGAAAGGGACGGACUAUAACUUGGCUACCAGUAUUCUUUUCGUGGGAUAUCUGCUGAUGCAGUUGCCAUCCAAUCUCCUUCUCACUCAAAUCCGGCCUUCGCUAUUCCUGGGGAUCGCCAUGGCCAUUUGGGGAGUCAUCUCUGCUUGCCAAGCAGCGACUCAAUCCUUCACCGGAUUGGUGGUGACACGGUUCUUCCUCGGAUUUGUUGAAGCUCCCUUUUUCCCAGGCGCUGUGAUGUUGAUGUCGAGUUGGUACACCAGAAAAGAGUUGAGCGUCCGCAUCGCGUGGUUUUACGCCGGUAGUUCUUUGGCGAAUGCUUUUGGCGGAUUGAUUGGAGCUGCCGUUCUAGGAAAUCUAGACGGCGUCCAUAAUCUGGCCGGAUGGAGAUGGUUAUUCAUAAUAGAGGGCAGUAUUACUACAGGAAUAUCUCUUCUGGCGGCCAUUUUUCUUCCGAACUAUCCUGCAACCACUUCAUGGCUAGAUCCCCAAGAGCAAGCAUAUGCUCAAUGGCGUUUAAUUGACGAUGCAGGCGAAGCAGACGACGCAAGUACUAGUGGCAUCAAAGAGGCAUUAACUCUGGUAUUUGCUGAUAAACGCAUCUACCUGUUCAUCCUGCUUCAGCAUGUUUCACUCCUGUCACAGAACUUCCAAUACUUCUUCCCGACCAUUGUCAAAACGCUUGGAUACAACAACAUUCAGACCUUAUUGAUAACCGCACCUGUCUGGAUUGCCACUUUCUUGGUGUCCCUUUUAGUCACCUAUUCGUCCGGCAAGGCGAAUGAACGAAGUUGGCAUAUCAUCGGCUUGAUGAUGGUCAGUGUUGUUGGAGGAGUCAUCUGCACUGCCACAACAAAUACGGGUGCAAGGUUCUUCGCUAUGUUCCUAAUGCCAAUGGGUGCCGUUUCCGCAUACCAGAUCAUUCUAGCCUGGGUUGCCAACUCAUUUCCUAGACCAUUGGUCAAGCGAUCUGCUGCAAUUGCGCUUGCCAAUAUGAUUGGCAAUACAGCUUCAAUAUACGGAAGCUAUAUGUGGCCAGAUUCGGACGGGCCAAGAUAUGUCCCUGGCGGGACAGCUACUGCGGUGAUCGCAUUAUUGGUCGCGAUCGUGGCCGUUGUCAUUCGUCUUGUUCAUGUAAAGAUGAACAAGCGGCUAGAAGAGGCGGAGACUUCGCAUGAUCUUCCCUCUGUGGGUGCAGAUGAUCCGGAUAGUCGUGUUGUUGGAUUCCGUUAUAUUCUUUAA